GAGCACCAAUAAGAUUUCGUCUAAUGAGUUCCUGCCAAUAACACACAGCGUUGUAAUUGGUCUUCAACGAAAACGUGUAGUGUGCUUUUGUCAAUCGGUCCUCCCACUUGAGUGUUGUACCCUUUCUCAGCCAGCCAGUGGGGAGUAUAUAAACCUCACUGACCAGUCGGAAAUGUAUAGUGACCGUACAACAGACCACCCGUAGGGCUGCUAAUUGUUCAGAAGUGGUCAUCUCGGUGGAGAGAGAGCAGAUGUUCUGAAGCCAAAUUCCUUAAACGAUAGCUAGAGGAUUUUAACAACCUGUUGAUGUGUGUGGAGUACUCGGGAUUAAGAUUACCGAUGUUUCGUGCUAUUUACGAAGUGAAAAUGUUAUCUAUCUUUGUAUUUUUCUUGUCAAGCUAUUUCUAAACUAGGGGAUCUUAGUUAAAUUAUGUUAAGUGGUGUUUAGAGAGCUGAAAGGAUUUCCUUUGUCAACGCAGUUAUUUUUCGCACGUUUGAUACAUAAAAAUACGGCGUAGUCUACGCCAUUCAGGAGGUUGAAAAAUCUGACCGUCUGGACAACAAAGCCAACCAUGGCAAGGACCGAUAGGUUGACCAUUAACAAUGGUCGUAGUUAACUAGUGGACACGACGGACAAUUGAAAGUUCGUCUUCGUUAAUAGACAUGAAAUUCGAUAACUGCGAGAAGACAUGAAAUGACGAGCUCAUCUGAAAGCACGUGAAUAGAAGACUGAAAUUUGAGGUUGUCAUCUUUUCAUAUUUACACAUUCCGAUUUUAUUGCACAUUACCACGCGCAGGGAAGGAUGUUUCUUAGCAGCAUGAUGGUUGUUCGUAUGGGAUAUCUAACGUUGGCUUACAUCCUAGUUUCGGCUGUGAUGUUAGCGCGAGGAGCAGUGAGCUAUGGCCCCCGGACACCGUCCUGUAAGGCGUUGGCCCGUCACGCACGGGACGUUCCCGUCACCGCUCCAUCACCUCCUUCCAUAAACGGCGUCUGGGUAUCCGACCAAUGUGAAAUACGUCCAGGUCCCGAGUUUUUAUUAAGAAAAUAUCGCUUUAAACGCGGAAAAUUCCAACUUCAUCAAUACUACUAUUCCGGUCCAGACUGUUCGGAACCUCUCUACGGUGUCAAAGCUCAGGGUACAAUCAAACUACUUCGGCCAUCUUGGAUCGUACCUGGCGGUAUGGAAGCUAAAUAUAGAUUACACAAUGUGUCCAUAAUUCCGUUCCAGGAACGUAUUGCAAAGGAAUUUCGUUGGAAAGUACGGGAACAAUGUCCCGAGGUAAAAAGUCACACGUGGAAACCAUACCGAAGUUAUCAAAUAAUGAAUUUCCCGCCAUACAAGAAAUUCAGACUUUAUAAACAUAGAAAUGUGGAUUACGAUUGUACACAUCUGUUUAAUCUUACAUUUCACGAACUCCAACUUCUUAGAGUGGAAAUCCACCGUCAGAGUGGAAGAGUGGAUAAGUAUAAAAUGAGUUCCUACCAUUCUCGUUAUUCCAAAAGUUUUGAGGAGGUGAGUUUAUUCCUGGGAGAUAUCCAUACGGACAGAAAACAGCGCCAAACAUACAGGCCUUCAAGUUACCAGACAGCACUCCGGAACGCUAAGACAAAGACUUGCAAAAUUUGCAAUGGGAUCGCCAACUCCCACGACUAUUACCCACCAAAAAUAGAUCGACCAACAUCAUCAAGGUUCCACUUACAAGGAGACUGGGUCAGCACCGGGUGUGAAACGAGGCAAUAUGGACAAUUUUUAACCAGAAAGUUGACAUUUCUUCACGACAGGAAAUCUUGGCAGGGGCAGUACGAUUUCUUCGAGGACCCGUUAUGUCGAAAGGGGAGCUUCUCUUUGUCUGUGAAGGGAACAUUUGCGGGAGGGAAGGUUUCCAAAGUCAUACAAGGGGCAAAAGAGUACAAUUUUAGACUUAUCAGAUUGAAAAUCACACCCCAAAACAAGCAGAUGGUGAAUACAUUACGGUUGUAUGACGGACAUUGUGGUGUGCGCAAUGCUUGGAAAAUAAACGAACAACAGGACGUAACUAGCACAGGCGGAUGUGACGUACUUGGAAUCAUAUUACCAAACGUAGAAUUCGAGAUAUUACGAAUGGUUGUUUCGGAACGGCAAAGCCUUCUCUACGUGGGGCAAUGGACUAUGAAUAAUAUUGCGCUUCGGAAUAAAGACUCGCGGCCUACCUCAUUCCAGCAACCUCUUGUGCGAUGUUCAGACUCGGUUUCUAAGGUUACCUCAAACAGAAUAGAGGUUUUGCUGUCAGACAACAAACAAUUUCCAGUGUUUGCCAAAUUUGAGGCCGCACCUAAAGGAAACGGAGCUUUAAAAUGUGGAAUGUCAUUCUGGACUGUUUUCAUCUUUGUUAUGUGUGUGGUUGUGGCGUAACUGUGCCAGAAAUUACUAUCGAAUGCAUGAUUUAACAAGCAAUACGUUUUCAUUUAUCAUUUGAACUCUUCAUCUUAUUGUGAUCUGCGCAGAAUACACGAGUUAAGUAGAAUUAUCACGUUGAUAUUAUGUAGCGGAAAUAAGACUCAACUUUGAACGUUGUAAAAGAGUUAGGCGGCGACUGCAUAUAUGUUUUUUGCUAAUAACCGAUAUUUUGAAAACUACCUUGAUGAUAAUAUCCAUAACACCAAGCAAUAUAUGUGAUUCUGCUUUAGAAAAAAUGCAUAUGCUCAACUGUGUUAAAACGCUAAGACUACUUCCAGUACAUUAGCCUAGAAGGAAGUUGUUCUUCAAAGCAAAUGGGCAAGACAUUUCCUAUUGGAAAAUCAACAUUCGGCACUAUCUUGUUUACAUGAACACUAGAUCCUGCAUUAUGUGUGAACAAUCGGUGACAACUGAGAUUGGUGAAGCAGUUGUAUUUAUAUGUACUUACUGACAAUCAUUUUACCAAAGGCUGCAUACCUCCUUAACCUCAAAAAUGUUGAUCAUUUUUCAAACCUCGUAGAAACAAAACAAAGCAAAGAUAUUGUUCUACAAAUUUGAAGCCUAAUUCGAGCGUAUAUCACCAAAACUGACGUUGUUAACAUAAUAUGUCAAACAUAUGGAAAGUUGGUCAUUAAUUAAAUUACUAUGACAUUACAAAUUUAAUGUACUGAUAUAAACACUUUUUGUUUGUGGAAACGAUAUAUUUAAAGUCAUUAGUUCAUUAAUGUAUGUGUAUAAAGUAUUUUCCACUUAAUGUGAAAUCAUCCCUCAUAAUUUCAUGUCAUUUUAGAAGGAUCGCCAAAAUAUUUAUUAACGUUUCUUUAUGUAGAUAUUCAUAAUAACUGACUGUGAGACGAAUAUUCCUAAAAUAUGUGUCCUUUUAAUGUACAAACAUUUGUCUUUCUGCAUAUGUAUAUGUAAAAACAAGACAACAACUGGUUCCUCUUAAACUUAAUGGCACACGAACGUUCUGAUAAAUAUUUCAGAGAGUAUAAUGAUAUUAAUACUUAAUUCAUUGUCAAUCAUUUCAUGUUUGUUUGGGUUUUUUUCACGUUAGCGAUGGAGGAAGCUUAUUUGUUCAUAAACUCCCCUGUGAAUAUUUCAUUUAUUUCAGAUAUAACUGAUAUUUAAUCUGAAACAUUAUCUUUUCAAUUCAUGUCGUCUAGUCUUAAGUUUACGCGAAAGUAAAAGGAAGUAUUGCAUAUAAAACAAUUCAAUAUCGUACUGUAAAUCCAUUUCUAUAGUCAGCCAGUUUAUUGAAAGGUCGACAGACCCCAUUGACAGACCCCAUUGACAGACCCAUUGACAGACCCCAUUGACAGACCCCAUUGACAGUUGCAGGUCCCGGUUAACAAAUGCUAAAUAACACUUCUUUAACUCAUUUCCAUCUUAUUCCGACGGGUGUAACGUGUCGGACUAUCAAAUAUUUGAAAUAUACGUAUAAAGGUGUAUAAUUUAAACUCAAAAGGAAAAAAUGAUUAUAGAUUUGAAAAUCUUUUUGGGCGAAAAUACCCGGUUUCAUCAAUCUAAUCUAAAAACGAAACGGUGUAUUCUGCAUACCUAUCAAAAAAACAGGUGAAAGUUGUAUUUUUAUCUCCAAACUAAUAUAAAAGCCUGGUCAGAUUAAGUUGAUAUUCACCCUUUUAAGAUUGAAGAAGAAAUAAAUGAAUAUCUAACACUAAACGGAAAAUAUCGAAUAUUUUUAUAAUACCGCUAAAUUGAUAUCUUAUAGCAUGUGUGAUUUCCAGGUCGUUAUUUCGUUAAUUUUUUUCGUAACUUAAAUUUCAUGGUUUCAGUUAAAUAGUAAUCAUUGAACAUUUCAUGGGUUGUCGAAGCGGUAUUCUAACGAGGCAAGGCUUUUGCUAUAUAUUCAUUCACCCCUAUUUCUUAUACGACGGUUAAUGUCACCACUUACUUUUUAUCGUGGUACAUUGUCUCUUAUCCUUAAACCUGAUAUAUAAUUAUGUCCAUUUCAUUAAUCAAUCCAAUCCUCAUUACGACGUACCAUGUGUUAACGAGUCUCUUUAUUAAGUGUUUAAUUGUUUGGGGUUAAUUGUAAAUUUCACCAAACCUAGUAUCGAUGUACAAUUGUAUGUUGUUUUGAAAUAGUUGUUGUUUACAAUGUCAUGUAAUAUUAACUAUUGUGGCGUCAGAAAUUGAUAAAACGACACAUUCUUGCAAAUAUUAAAGACCUCGAGAAUGACACGGAAAAGUGUAUUUUAGCAAUAUUUGAAAAAAAAUAACAUGUGAUAAAAAUUACCUUCAAUUCGUUUAUGUAUUAAACCAGAUUUACCUUGAUCAAAUAAAAAUAAAAGCUUUUCAUCAAUCACAUUUGAUUUAAGGACCUACCGGUAUGUAAGAUCCUAUAUCUAUAUACAUUAGUGACAGUUAUAUGAUUGCCCCUAUCAAUAAUGUAAGUACAUAACUCAGAUAUAAUUUUUGAGAUCAUACCAGUGCAUCAUGCACCGACUCUUAUCCUGGCUGUGAAAAACAAGUAUAUCAAAAUUGUUUACUCUGCAACAUUAAGAGAGAAAAAAUAUGGUCAAAGGACGGAUGGUAUUUUUUCUGGUUGAGAUCAUUCAUAUCAUAUCAAAAAUGAAACGUAAAUCAUGACAAUUGCUAUUAACUUACAUUUAGAUAUAAGAUGUACAUUGUUGUAAGAAUACAUGACGAGACAGUCCAACAAUGUAUUUAAUUUGAUAUGAUAUAUAGCAUUGACAAUCACCUGCCUGUUGCAUGUCAACCGUCUUUAGGUAUGUGACUCCAGCUAUCAGUUACCUGGUAUUUAUGUAUUUAUUUUUUUCUUCAUAUUUUUUUUCUUUUGUAAAAUUGUUAUCAAAGAAAACAUCUGAUGGCACUUCAGUAUCUAUCACAUAUCAAAAGACAUUUUAAAAAGACUGCAUCUUUUGAAAUUGUGACGCCUGUUCAACGAAUUAAAAGGAAUGUAACUCAAAAUAUGAUACCGAUCGGGUAAGCUUCAUUUGACAAAGCCACACCUUAAAUAACCCAUGCUGAAGCCAAAUGUUUUCAUAACAAGCGAUUUGUGUCUGUUGAUUAAAGCUCUUAUAAAUAAAAACCUCUUCACAUAAAAAUAAGUAAUCGACUGACAUUUAAGCCCAAAGAAACCCUGAAACACUCCCAUAAUAGAUAUUUUGUAACGGAACGGUAGCUAUCUCUGACAGAUUUAACAUAUCUUUGAAUGCUGCUACGUUUUCUCCCAAAUCUUACUAUAUUAUUUAAGCAUGGGGGAUAUUAUUAUAUAACACACCUGACAAGAUUAGAAAUUACAUUUUGAUUUGAACAUAUUAUAUGUUUAGACAUAAUUGGAUUGGUUGGUUUUUAACAACUUAUAAAAGCCCUCUCCACAAAUAUAUAUUACAGAGUGUGUGAUAGCAACACUGUAUACUUAUAAUGAUUAGAAAGAAAGAAAAGCAAAGAAGAAUGACAGGAAGAAAGACAGAUCUAGAGAUCUAAGAGUAAGAUAAAUGUUGCUACAUUAGGAUUACUACAAAUCAGGGUUCAUAAAUGAUGUACACAAUAUGUGUCUUUAAAUACACUUAAUUAAAACUUAUUAAAACCUAAUGCAUGGCACGUUCUAGGUACACAUCAAAUACACGUCAUUUGUCCAUUGUUUAUCAUACUCGCAAGGGAAAGUUCCCAUUCUUCAUAUUGUUCAACAGUUGUUUUUUCUUGAUGAUAUUUCAUAAUAUACAUAAAUUUUAUGUUCAUUUUCACAUAUAUCAUUUUAAUACGAAUGUGUGAAGUUAGAUAUUUACAUAAAGUUUUAAAUCGGGUAUACUACUUCGUUCUUAAUACGUCAACUGUGAAAGAAUCGCUUGUGUAAAUAUUGUUAUUUCGAAAGUGUAAAAUUCUGCUUCCUUUGUCGCCUGAUAUUGUGACAAUAGGGAUACCAUUGUUUUGUUUUUAAUGUGCGUAUGUAUAUAUUUGAUUUCUGUUGAUAUGUUCUUGAAAAUGUCAGGCAUUUAUAAUGGCAGGGAGCAAUACGAAAAAUAUAAUAUCUUCCAUGUUCAUAUCAUUUUCUUGUUUCAGUCAAUAAAUUGAAAAAUAAAGAAUAUUUAGAAAUCACUAACUUUGA